CUUCAAACUUCAAACCGAGAGGUUGACGUUUUGGUUUUAGCAAUCGAGAUAAGUAAAAAGGAUGCGGACGACGACGAAUCUAAUCAGGUUCUUCAUUCUAAUAAUUAAUAAUAAGUAACGUCGCGAUUUAGAAUCUCGAUCAUCGUUCGCAACGCGAAAAUUAAUAAUUCGUUUUAUUGACACAUGGGCGCACAUUCAUUGUUAAAAUCAUCGUCAGUGAUAAAGUCUAUCGGGAAAUCGUUGUAGGUAAUUUUAAGUUGAAAUUUCCGUGUUAAAUUGUAUGUUAUUUUGGAUUUUAUGUGCAGUAAGAAAUGUCGACAAGUUACAAUAUUCGCAAUCGUUUCAACGAAAACGAACCCAGCACGAGAUUCACAGACAACAAAUAUGAAAAAUACAAAUUCCAUCGACCCAUGCCCUACGUCCAUUUCCUGGGACUCCUGUGCCUCAUCGUCAUAGUAUUUUCUCUAGUCAUAUUCAUCGAAAAACAAUUACCAGUAGGUCUAAGAGUAGAAGACGAACGCAAGUAUCCGGAUACCUUCAUAGCCGAAAGGGCGUACAACGUAUUGAAAAAUCUAACGAAAAUGGGACCCCGACCGGCCGGCAGCUACGAAAACGAAGUCCUGGCGGUCGACGUGUUAAAAACCGAAAUAGAAAACAUCAUGAUAGGCGCAAACGAACAUCAUCUGAUAGAAUUGGACGUCCAAAAGGCGUCUGGGGCGUUCAAUUUGAAAUUUUUGGACGGCAUGACGAACGUUUAUCGAGAUUUGCAGAACGUGGUGGUGAAAAUUGGAUCGAAAAUAAAUUCGCCUCACAGUUUGCUCAUAAAUUGCCAUUUUGAUUCUGUAGUGGACAGUCCAGGGGCAAGCGAUGAUGGCGCCAGCUGUGCAGUGAUGCUGGAAAUUUUGAGAGUACUAUCGAAAUCGAAAAAAAUCUUGAGGCACAAUAUCAUUUUUUUGUUUAACGGUGGCGAGGAAAAUUUUUUACCUGCUUCGCACGGUUUCAUCACCCAACAUAAAUGGGCUAAAGAGAUAAGGGCCUUCAUAAAUUUGGAAGCAUGCGGCGCGGGGGGUCGGGAGGUGCUGUUUCAAGCGGGGCCGAACCACCCCUGGAUCUUGGAAACGUAUUCCGAAGAAGUACCGUAUCCGUACGCUUCUUCGUUGGCGCAAGAGAUUUUCCAGAGCGGGAUGAUACCGGGCGAUACGGAUUAUAGGAUUUUCAGAGAUUUCGGAAACCUGUCUGGUUUGGAUUUCGCUUGGUCGGCCAACGGUUAUGUAUACCACACUAAGUACGACUCGGUCGAUCAGGUACCGCUCGGAUCGCUGCAGAGAACCGGAGACAACAUCUUGGCGCUGGCCAAAGGGAUGGCCCAAGGGCACCAGCUGUCCAACAUCGAAAAGUACAAGCCCGGGAAUUUGGUGUUUUUCGAUUUUUUGGGCGCUUUCGUCGUGAGAUGGCCUAUGAUGAUCGCCGAUAUCGUCAACAUAUCGUCUGUGAUAUUUUCUUUGUAUAGUAUUUACGUGAAUGGUCGAGCAGCCAAAGCUACAGACAAUUUGACCAAGAAACAUUACGCCAAAAAGCUGUUAGGCUGCAUGCUGGUUGUGUUCCUAACGUGGGUGAUGUCCAUAAUAUCUACGCUCGGCAUAGCUGGGCUGAUUACCUGUUUAGGACGUACAAUGAGCUGGUAUGCUCGCCCAUUGUGGAUAUUCUUCUUGUAUGUGAUACCGACUCUAGUCAUAUCCAUGGCCACGGUGAUGCUGCACUCUAAAUUAUAUAAUAAGGAACUGGAAACAUCGCCUUGGACGAUAUUUCAAUUAUAUUACGAUGCAUAUCAGUUAAUCUGGACUGUAGUACUGAUUUUUGGUGUAGCCCUACGACUGAGGUCCAGUUUUAUUGCUUUAUUGUGGGUGUUUUCGGCUGCAUUAGGAAACUUUUUAAAAUCGGUUUUAUUUUCCAAAUGGAGAGAUGCAAAAUGGCUGCUCCUUCACAUAUCCGUCUUCGGACUACCGUUCGUGCAAUGCUUCUAUUUAAGCGUAGGAGCUAUGUACCUGUUUAUUCCGAUAAUGGGUAGAGCAGGAGCCGGCAGUCAUGCAGAAUUGGUGAUUUCGGUGUUAGUAACGUCAAUAUUCGCUACAUUGUUUAGUUUCGUAGCGCCAUUAGGACUAUUAGUACGAGGAAUAGAGAGAAUUUUCAGUCUAUUGACGGGUCUGUUCUUUUUAUCGCUGGCGUUGUUGAUAUUGACGCCGAUGGGAUUCCCGUAUUCUGGAGAGCCUGGUGCUUUGGCGCCACAGAGAUUUAUGAUUGCUCAUACGCAUAGAACAUUCCACGACAUCUCGGGCAACAUACAAAGGGAAUCCUCCGGUUACUGGAUCGCAGACAUGGACGUUAACAGUCCACAUACAGUCGACAGAUACGUACCCGACAUGAAAAACGCUCAACUAGUCACCAAAGAAGACUGCGAAGAUAACCUGUAUUGCGGGUUGCCAUAUUUAGUACCAGUUCUCACGAUGAUUUGGAAGACGCAUUGGUUGCCCGGUCCGAGGCCUACUCUGAUGACCCCAGUAACGAUGAAUGUGUUGAAUCGAACGAAAAUUAACGGCGGAGAGAGACUUGAUUUUAGAAUUGAAGGUCCAAGUCACAUGGGAGUACUGAUUUCUCCUGUCAUCGGUGUCGAAUUUGAUAACUGGAGUUUACCGACGGAUGGACCAUUAGCCGGGCCUGUAUGGAACGGUCGAAAUACCUAUUUCGUUUAUUAUGCUUAUGGAUUAGAACCUAAACCUUUCGUUUUUUCGAUAGAUUUUAAGGUACCUAAAAACCACAAGGGGCCUAUAAUAGACUUGGCUGUAAACUCUCAUUACCUCUUCGGCCCCGGUAAGGUGACGAAAGAAUUGAAACAGUUGGUAAACCAAUUUCCAUCGUGGACAGCAGUGACGCAUUGGACGGCGUCGUAUGACUCGUGGAAAAUUUAAGGUCAACUAGUGACUCGGUAGGCGAUUUUGGUUAAAGGAGCGAUGACUGAUGCGUUUUGUAUACUUACACAAUGUUUUUCGUGGUGAUAAUGUACAGGGUUGGAUUAAUCCGACCGUUUCGAAAAUACGUUGAUUUUUCAACGAAUUGACAAAAAUGUCAAAAAUUUUCGCACACGUUAUCGACAUUUUUGAAAAUUUAUGAAAAUAUAUUUAUCUGUUAUAAGUUUUUCUUUUACUGAGCCCUUGUAGGGUUAAUAAUUUUUAGUCCAUCACUGCUAAAAUGGUAAAGAAGAAUUUUUAAUUUAAUUUUAAUUUAGAUCCUAUUUUUAGGAUGUAAUUAUACGGUUAAAAGUUGUCCCAGAUAGCUUCGCUAAUAAUGAAUUGUUAUUAUUACAUGAAUAUUAUGAUUAAUACGUGAAUAUUCCGCUUAUUACAUGAAUAUGCUGUUUUUUUUUUCAUAACUAUUCUCAUUACAUAAAUAAAUAUUGUGAAUUUUACAUUAUUAUUAUUAUUAGUACAUGAAUUUUAUGAUUAUUACAAAAAAAAUAUUUGGAUUAUUCCAUGAAUACGCUAUGAAUAUUUUGACAAUUUAUUUGUAGAAAAUAAUGUAGAACUUAUUCAUCUAAAUUUAUUCUAAUUUUAC